UAUAAAGGGAGGGAUCAAUAAUGUUGUGUUAAGAGAAGACGACUUCGUUUUUCUUUGAAGUAAAUAAAUUACGAGUCAUUGACGUUGACUCACCACCAAGGUUUCACAUGAAGCAGGAUCCACGGCGUGUGUUGUCCUCGUUCACCUUCUUCAUAUAAACAAACAGACUUCCACAUUUAUGUUGGUCACAUAGAGUUUUCCAUUUUCUUCUAUCAUACUCAGAGCUCAGAUUCUUAGCUCUCCGGCGACCUUUGCGGUCGAUCACAUUCUCCACGGCGAGUUAGACUGAAAUCGCCAAUAGGUGUGUACAGGUUACAAUAAAACCGUCUUCAUCAUCUUGGUUCAACGAGGUCUCUAGCUAAGAUGGAUUCCGGUAAAAGCCACGAAGAACCAAUAUUUCCAACCAUGUCUUCUUCUUUUAGCGGACAGGCCAGUGCAGGCACGUUUUUACCGGUAUCACGUAGCCUGCCUCUCACGUUUAACAAUGAUGCUGCCGAUAGUGAUAGUGUCUCAGAGGCGGGAGAUACUGGUGAUCGCUCGCUUCAGAGAAGGCAUUCACAUCAAAAUGUAUUAGUUGACCACACAGCUUCUCUAACCAAGCCUUUCCCUGUGGACACAACAAAAUCUCCUUUACCAACCGAGUUCCUCUUGUCACCUGAUGCAAACAAACCGGGAAAGGAGGGAGAGCCUGUGUUAUCAAAGUCCUUGGAAUACAUAUCAUGCCUAACUCAUUUGGCUGUUUUUGGGAUUCUUGGGGCUGUUACGAGAUAUAUGCUGCAGAAACUGUUUGGACCAACUUUUGCUAAAGUAACCAGCGAUGGGAGCAUCUUGUACCUUGAUCUUCCUGCCAACAUGGUAGGAUCAUUCUUGAUGGCUUGGUUUGGGGUUGUAUUCAAAGCAGAUAUAGCGAGGUUUUCUGAGUUUCUAGCGAUAGGAUUAUCGACUGGUUACUUGGGAAGCCUCACAACAUUCAGUGGUUGGAACCAGAAGAUGCUGGAUCUUAGUGCUGAUGGCCAAUGGUUAUACGCUCUUCUUGGCUUUUUGUUUGGAUUGUUUCUUGCAGCUUACUCUAUCAUUCUUGGGGUAGAAACAGCCAAAGGUUUCAGAUGGCUUCUGCGCAGAAGAAGAGCUUUGUCUGAGGAGAAAAAGGACUCUUGUCUCAAGGGUAACAACACCUAUAAGAGGAAUAUUAUGUCUUUGAUCUUAAUGCUUACGUUGCUGAUGGCUUUUCUCAUUGUGAGUGCCACCGAGCUUGUAAAAGAGUUUGACAAAGGAACAAGCAAGGCUCAACUAUGGUUAGGUUGCUUAGUCGCUGCACCUGGUGUCUGGAUCAGAUGGUUCCUAGCCCGACUCAACGGACGUGGUCUGGGAAAAGAUGGACAGUAUUUGAAGUGGGUCCCCUUUGGCACCCUCAUUGCUAAUGUAGCUGCAGCUUCUGUCAUGGCAGCUUUGGCCACGUUAAAGAAAUCGGUGGACACGACAACAUGUAACACAGUUGCUUCUGGAAUACAGUUUGGUCUGUUAGGAUGUCUGAGCACAGUUUCCACCUUCUUGGCUGAGUUCAAUGCGAUGAGAGAAAGUGAUAAACCAUGGAGAGCCUAUGCUUAUGCAUCUUUCACCAUUGCUGUUUCUUUUGCCAUGGGAACUAUAAUAUACUCAGCCCCUGUUGGCUAGUAGGAGGACUCA